AUGGCGUUCAUGGUGAAACACAUGAUAGGUGGACAGCUGAAGGAUCUCACUGGGGGUCUCGGAGAAGAGAAAGCCGAAGGGGAGAAGUCCGAAGCCACGGCUAAGGGGAUGACACAGGAGGAGUUUGAGGAAUACCAGCAGCAGCUGGCAGAGGAGAAGAUGGAGCGAGAAGCCAGCGUUGCACAGAGGAAAGCAGAGAGAGCCACAGUCAGGAGCCACUUUAGGGACAAAUACAGGCUGCCCAAGAGCGAGCUGGAUGAAACACAAAUCCAGGCAGCAGACAAGGACGUGGAGCUGCCCUCAGAGCUAGCUAAGAUGAUCGCAGAGGACAACCAAGAGGAAAAGCACAAACAGUCAGUCCUGGGUCAUCUCAGCAGCUUACAGGAUGUGGAUAUGGACCAGCUGAAGGACAAAGCGCAGGCUACAUUCGGAGACCUCAAAGAGACAGCAGAAAAAUGUGAACUCAUGUAA